UGCUCAUACUGUUAAGAUGUACGAGCUGCGAUACCUUGUUAUAAGUUUAAGUCUGUUCCUAAUUAUAGGAGAUGUCCAGGGGUUUUGUCAGCUAACACAGGCAAACACAUGGACCGAUCGUAUUUUUGCCCACAGCGUUAACAAUCACUACGAACUCUUGCUCACAGAUCGAUUGGAAAUCAAUCAGCAAAUAAGUCUGCUAUGCGGUGGCAACCAGGCUGUGUUUAACACCACUUGCCAGAAAAGUGGUAAAUUCAACCCACAGCUGCCUAAGGCGAACUGUACCAAGGCUAUUCCACCGUCUGUGGUUCCAUCUUCAAGUUCGAUUUGUGCUCAUACCAUGUACCACGUGGGAUUUUGGUUUGGGAACACUUUUAUGGAGCUAUAUCGAAAUUGCUACGCUGCGAAUACAAUGACAGCAUUCUUCUCCAUCAGCACUGUCUACCCAACCUAUUUAAACUCUCUUCGACCGCCGACGGCUUUCGACCAAGAUGGAUUAAUUUCAGCCGCAGAUGCGGCUUCUUUUCAGCUGAGUAGUAUCUAUAAUCGAUUUGUGUACCUUUUCGGCAGCGGACAGCCGUAUAUAGCUUCUCCACAAAGCCUCUCCUUCGACCGAGGACAUCUAACUCCGGUCGCGGACUAUACCUUUCCCAACGUUUUGCGACAAACGAACAAAUACUUAAACGUCGUGCCCCAAUUCUAUAGUAUCAAUCGCAGCAAUUGGAAGAUCGUAGAGAAUUGGGUUCGUGACCAGAAACAAGUACUGAAUGUCUGCACGGGGGCGUUGGGUGUACUUGAGUUGGGCAACACGCAGAUUUACUUGGCGCCCGGCAAAAAUCCCGUUCCCAGGUGGACAUAUAAAAUUGUUCACAGAGCAAACACCAACCAGAAGUACGUGAUUUUGACCUCCAACAACGGAUGGGAGACCCAGAUGCCAAACCCAGCAUCGGUCUGCAGAGUUAUAGCAUGCCCCAGCAGCUUGAAACCAACAGGAACUGGAUUCACAUUCUGCUGCGAUCCAAUUGAUUUUAUUAACAGAAAUGUGCCUAAUCUUAGAGGUUCUUGCUAGUAUAUAUAUAUAUACCCUCUAUCAAACUACUAUUUAUCGAUUUUCCUAACAAUAAAAUUAUACAUUUUCUUAUUUA